CCCUCCUCUCUCUUCCUCGGCGCUGCCUACGGAGGUGUCGUCUAUCUGCUGCUCGGCGUCAUGGCGGCCCUCAGACCCCUCGUGAAGCCCAAGAUCGUCAAGAAGCGGACCAAGAAGUUCAUCCGGCACCAGUCGGACCGCUACGUGAAGAUCAAGAGGAACUGGAGGAAGCCCAGGGGCAUCGACAACCGCGUGCGGCGCCGCUUCAAGGGGCAGAUCCUGAUGCCCAACAUCGGCUACGGCAGCAGCAGGAAGACCAAGCACAUGCUGCCCAGCGGCUUCCGCAAGUUCCUGGUGCACAACGUCAAGGAGCUGGAGGUGCUGCUCAUGUGCAACAAGUCCUACUGCGCAGAGAUCGCCCACAACGUCUCCUCCAAGAACCGCAAAGCCAUCGUGGAGCGGGCGGCCCAGCUGGCCAUCAGGGUCACCAACCCCAACGCCAGGCUGCGCAGCGAGGAGAACGAGUAGCCGCCCCCACCCAGAGUCCUGUUAAUAAACCACAGACCCACCUCUGCGUGUCUGCUGUUUCUCUUG